GUUUAGCAGACAUGUCACACAACAAAUCGGGAGAUACUAAAGACGCUGACCUUGAAAUAAAUUCUGAAGAUGACGGACCUGUAUCAUCAUUUCAGUCUUAUGCUGCUGAAGGAGAUAUACUAGCCAAGCAGGGAGAUUUUCGAAAGGCUAUUGGAGCCUAUAGCAAGGCACUUGUUCUUCGAGCAACGGACAAAAACGUGCUGGUAGCAAGGUCCAAAUGUCAUCUUCAAUUGGGAGACUCUCAGGCUGCUCUCACAGAUGCAGAUUCUGCACUCAAAGAAGAUUAUGAUUUCUUCAAGGGUGUAUUUCAAAAAGCAGAAGCAUUGUAUUUUAAAGGAGAUUUUGAAAUGGCGCUUGUAUUUUAUCAUCGAGGCAAUAAACUUCGUCCAGAAUUCGACGAGUUUAGACUGGGUAUUCAAAAGGCUCGCGAAGCCAUCAGCAAUUCUAUUGGAAAUCCAAGGAAUUAUAAGUUUCAACCUCCAGCUGGUGCACGCUUGGUUAUUACAGUUCCUACUGGUGCUUCCACUCAAUCACAAACAGGUGGAGUAAUUUCUACUGGCGAAUGGAUUUCUCCCAAGCCACCGGCUGGAACUGGAUUUAAUAAUGUGAGCGUAAAAGAGCCUAGUAAAAGUGACAAAACAGUAAAGCAACUUCUCGGUGAACUUUACGAGGACAAGGAAUAUCUUGAAAGAUUUUUUAACGAUAAAGACUUUUCCAAUAAUCCCAACGAAGAUGUGAAGGGCUUAGUAGACAAUGCACUCAAGUAUCUAGAUACACGCACAGAAUUUUGGCGCCAACAAAAACCCAUAUAUGCUCGUAAAAAUGUCCAAUCCAAAGAGCUUUCCAAAGUCAUCAAUAUUCGGAAUCGACAACUUAUUCUAUCUCGGGCAGAAGAUUAUCAACGACGCCAAAUGGCCGAAACUGAAUUUAGUCAAUAUCCCAAAGCUACUGGAGGAUAUAGACCCAAAACUGCUCCUGCCAGCACAGUUAGAAAUCCAACAGAAUCCACGACAAAUACUCCUGCACUCCCAAAGCCUGGAUCAUUUUCAUCACACAUGCAGCCAACCCCACAGAUUACCAAAAUGGUUGAAUCUUCUUUUGAGCAAAUCCGCCAGUCAAUGGCUAAAGGAGAGUAUGAAAUGGCACUUCGUAAGUCCAAGAACUUGAUUGCGCGACUUGGCGAGAUUCGUAGACUAGCAGGCAAAGAUCGUAUACUUGGGGAUGUGUACAACAUUCUGGGCAGUAUCUAUAUGCAAUUGGGCGAUUCAAGCGAGGCAAUAAACUAUUAUCGCAAAGAGCUUGUGGCUGGAAAAGAAAGUAAAACUAUUGAAAUCAUCAGUCGUGCACUUGGCGAAAUAGGUCGGAUUUAUGUCAAAAUGAGACUAUACAAGGAUGCAAUUGCUGCAUUUGAAGAAAAGCUUGUAUUUUCUGCCAAAGAUUCAAUUGAGCGUGCAUGGUUACUACACGAUUUGGGACGAUGUUAUUUAGAAAUCAAAAACUACGCAAAGGCAGUCAGUUUUGGAGAAUCAUGUUUAGCGUCUGCCAACUCCAUGAAUGAUUCUCGAUGGAAAUUAAAUGCGGGAGUUUUGGUUGCACAAGCUCAAGUUCAAUUAAAGGAUUUUGAAGGUGCGAUUUAUUGCUACUCUUCUGCGCUCAUAUCUGCUAGAGAUCUAUUAGAUGAAGCUGCAACACAAGCAAUCAACAAAGCGUUGAAUGAUCUCAAAGCUCGGCAUGAACCAUCCAAGCCAAUACAUCAUGAUGUAGAUACAGAUCAAGAUAAACACUUGAUUCCAUGUCAACAUGUCAUAGAAACUCACCAGAUACAACAUGCUGUUGUCAUAUAGAUGAUACUACUGCAAAUGAAUUCGAAAUUAGGUUUAAAAA